GGAUCAGCGGGCAUCGGGUCACCAGGCAUCAGGUCAUUUGGCUCGACAGCGGGCAACCGCGUCAUCUGGCAAGGCAGUGAGGCUCCGAGUCAACUGGUAUGACCGCGGGCACAUGGGUCAGACAUUGGAUCGUCUGGCUGGACAGCGGGCAUCGGGUCACCAGGCAUCAGGUCAUUUGGCUCAACAGCGGGCACCGCGUCAUCUGGCAAGACAGUGGGCACCAAGUCACCAGGCACGACAGUGGGCUGUGACUCAAUUGGCACGACAGCGGGCACCGGGUCAUCCCCCCAGGUACGGAUUGUCUGGCUCGACAGCGGGCAUCGGGUCACCAGGCAUCAGGUCAUUUGGCUUGCCAGCGGGCACCGCGUCAUCUGGCAAGGCAGUGGGGCUCACCGGUCACCAGGCAUUGGAUCGUCUGGCUCGACAGCGGGCAUCGGGUCACCAGGUAUGACAGCGGGCACUGGGUCACCAGGCAUCAGGUCAUUUGGCUUUCGCCAGCGGGCACCGCGUCAUCUGGCAAGGGCAGUGGGCACCGAGUCCACCAGGUACGACAGCGGGCUCUGAGUCAAUUGGCGACGACAGCGGGCACCGGAUCAGGUACCCAGGAUCAUCUGGAUAUCAACAGCGGGCAUCGAAGUCAACUGGC